CCUUCCCAUCUGUGGGUAAUUACUGAAAACCAGUUUAUCUGGAUGUAAGCAUAGGAACUACUUGUGAACUGGGGUCUUCUGGCACAUUUUAAAAAACUAGCCAAAGGAGUAAGGUCUCACCUUCACUGGUUUUAAUUUAGAAUGGCUCUCAAUGUACCAGGUCUAAUAAUGAUGAUAGCUUUCUACUUGCUUGUGUUGGGAAUUGGUAUCUGGGCGUCUGUAAAAUCCAAGAAAAUGGAGAAAAACACACACAAUGGACAGGUUGAGAUAUCUUUUUUGGCUAACCGGAGUGUGAGCUUGAUAGUGGGAGUCUUCACAAUGACGGCCACUUGGGUUGGAGGUGGCUUUAUCAUUGGUGUUGCAGAAUCAGUUUAUGACCCCACCAAGGGUCUAAUCUGGGCUCUUAUUCCUCUGCAAAUGUCAAUUUCCUUUAUUAUUGGCGGGCUGUUCUUCGCAAAACCAAUGAGGGAGAACAAUUACAUCAGUAUGAUGGAUCCAUUUCAGAGAAAGUAUGGAAAAGCACUGACUGCGGUUCUUGCCAUUGUUCCAGUCACAACUGAAGUAGUCUGGAUUCCUGGAUUACUGAUUUCCUUAGGAGCAACCAUGACUGUCAUCUUGGAUCUGCCCUUCAGUGUUUGCGUCUGGAUCUCUGCUGUGGUGGCAAUCAUCUACACUGUUCUUGGAGGUCUCUAUUCAGUUGCUUACACUGAUGUCAUCCAGAUAUCACUGGUGCUCCUUAGCUUGUGGCUGUGUGUCCCUUUUGUUCUGACAAGUGACAUCUAUACUGACAUCACUAAAACAGCACUCAACCACACACAUCAGGCCCCCUGGCUUGGCCAGCUUGAGUCUGAUAAAAUCGGGAGAUGGAUUGAUAAUUUUCUUGUGAUGAGCGUGGGCAACAUGGCAGUUCAGGAUUUCCAUCAAAGGACCCUGUCCUCUAGCUCCACAUCCACAGCCAGAAUCAUCUGUUUCGUAGCCGCAGGAGUCGUCAUCAUUGCUGGAAUCCCAUCUAUGCUGAUCGGUGCUGUUGCAGCAUCAACAGACUGGAACUCCACCUCAUAUGGUUCUCCCUCUCCAUAUGAGCGAGGGGAGGGGGCUAUGGUGUUGCCCAUCAUCCUUCAGCAAUUUACCCCCACCUACAUUUUUGCUUUUGGCAUCGGAGCUGUUGCUGCUGCAGUGAUGUCAUCUGCUGACUCUUACCUUUUGUCUGCAACCACCAUCUUCACCACCAACAUCUACCAGACCAUCAGGAGUCAGGCAUCAGAUAAAGAGCUGCAGUGGGUGAUCCGUGUCUCUAUAGUGGUUGCAGGACUUGUUGGAACUUCUCUCACCAACCUGGAAGGCGGCAUCUUGGUGUUCUGGAUCCUGGGCUCAGACCUCACUUACACCAUCAUGUUUCCCCAGCUGAUCUGCGUUCUCUUCACUGAGGUUUCCAACGGUUACGGGGCGAUCACAGGCUACCUUGUUGCAGUGGUGUUGAGACUGUUGUGUGGAGAGCCAAUGCUUGGACUCCCCGUGAUCCUGCGUUUCCCAGGUUGCACCUUAGAGGAGGGUGUUUACGUUCAGCGCUGGCCUUUCAAGACCAUCUGCAUGCUGUCUGCUCUUGUCUCCAUUCUGAUGUUUUCAUACGUGGCCUCACUUCUGUUUAACAAGGGGAUUCUUCCUGAGAGGUGGGACGUGUUCAAGGUGAAGGUGAAAACACCAGCAGAUGGCGCCAGAGAGGGUGAGAGUGAUAGGACUGAGGAAAAUGAUAAAUUGGCCUCUGAACCAAUGCUGGAUACAAAAUGCUAAAUUUUUUUAAUAUGUCUUUGUCGGUACAAUUGUUUCAUUAAAGUUUGGGUAAAAUAAUUGCUAUACAUCAUUUAUAGUGCUUAAUGCUACUACAACCCCAGUAGUGAUUCUGCUUUCUGCGUUUUGUUUGGGUAUGUUUAAGUUUAAACUCCAGUGCUAUGUCUCUUGGUGUAGCUCAGCAUAACCAUGGUUUUUUGUUUUACUGUGUUGGGAUUCAAGGAUACCUUUAAAUAUGAACUUGCUCAUUUGAAGUGUUUAACUGAAACACAAAGGAACAUGUUGGAAUCUGUCCAUGUGCUC